AUGGCCUCAAGACUCACCACCUUCCUCAAGAAUGCUUGGGACAAUGAGCCAGUGCUGGUCAUGUCCUUCACCAUCGUGGGCCUUGCUAUAAUUCUGCUGCCACUCAGCUCCUACACCAAAUACUCCAUCAUGAUCAACAAGGCCACGCCCUACAACUACCCAGUGCCCGUCCAAGAUGAUGGGAACAUGCCUGACAUGCCCAGCCACCCCCUGGCCCCCAGGGCCCAAGCUUGGAGUGGCUGA